GGGGAACCCGCGGUACUGGCGUCAGCUGGCCGUCGGGAGCGCUGUUGCGAGGAGCUGGGAGCCCGCGGUACUGGCGUCAGCUGGCCGUCGGCAGCGCUGUGCGGGGAGCUGGGAGCCCGCGGUACUGGCGUCAGCUGGCCGCCGGCGACUGAGUCGAGUCCCACGCUUGCCGUUUGAAGAUGUCGCUCGCUGCUUGCGGCAAGGUGCCGCUCCGCUCCCUGCUGAGGACCGGCUUGGCCUGGAACUUGCUCCGUUUCUGCCGGCACAACAGCGGCUCCAAGGGUCUGGUUCUUGGUGUAUAUGAGGGAGGAAAAGUGGACGAAGCCAUUCAGUUCACAAAAGCAGGGGAACUAUUUGACAAUUCUAUAUCUGGAAGACUUAAGGAACUUCUGACCAUAUCUGGUCCUGCUCUUAAAAAAGGAAGAAGCCGCAUAUUUUAUGGACUGCAUCAGGAUUUUCCCCAUGUUGUAGUUGUUGGUCUUGGCGACAAAAAUGCUGAAGUUAAUAGUUUGGAACAGUGUGAUGAAGGCAAAGAAAAUAUUCGAGCUGCUGUAGCAGUUGGAUGCAGGCAGUUACAAGAUCUAGAAGUUCCUCAUGUGGAAGUUGAUACAUGUGGAGAUGCCCAUUGUGCAGCAGAAGGAUCUGUUUUGGGUUUAUUUGAAUAUAAUGAGCUGAAGAAGAAAAAGAAAACAGCUGUCACUGUGAAACCAUAUGGAAGUUUGGAAAAUGCAGCAUGGCAGAGAGGAGUCACGUAUGCAGAAGGACAGAAUUUGGCUCGGCAUUUGAUGGAAGCACCUGCUAAUUAUUUAACUCCAACUAGCUUUGCAGAGAUCAUUCAACAAGCAUUGCAUUCAACAAGUGAUAAAAUUGAAGUGCACAUAAGAUCCAAAUCCUGGAUUGAAGAGCAACAGAUGGGAGCUUUCCUUAGUGUAGCCAAAGGCUCAGAUGAAGAGCCAGUAUUUUUAGAGAUUCACUAUAAUGGUUCUACAGUCUCCAGUGAAUCACCAUUAGUUUUUGUAGGAAAAGGUAUUACAUUCGACAGUGGUGGAGUUUCAAUUAAACCUGCCUCGGGUAUGGAUGCAAUGAGAGCCGACAUGGGAGGAGCAGCAACCAUCUGUUCUGCUAUAACGACUGCAGCAUCUUUGAAACUUCCCCUUAAUGUUAUAGGUCUGGCUCCUUUGUGUGAGAAUAUGGUGAAUGGCAGAGCAAAUAAACCUGGUGAUGUGGUCAGAGCAAAGAAUGGGAAAACUAUACAGGUGGAUAACACUGACGCUGAGGGUCGUUUGAUACUGGCUGAUGCCCUUUGCUAUGCACACAACUUUAAUCCCAAAGUGGUUGUAAAUGCUGCAACUUUAACAGGUGCUAUGGAUGUUGCCUUGGGAUCAGCAGCUACUGGGGUUUUCACCAACUCUGACUGGUUGUGGGAACACCUCAAAGCAGCUAGUAUUGUGACUGGAGAUCGUGUGUGGAGGAUGCCACUUUUCCAACAUUACACCAAACAAGUCACAGAAUCACAACUAGCAGACCUGAAUAACAUCGGCAAAUACAGCAGGUCUGGUGGAGCAUGUACAGCGGCAGCAUUCCUUCAAGAGUUUGUUACAGUACCUCACUGGGCUCAUCUCGACAUAGCUGGUGUAAUGUCAAACAAAGAUGAAGUUCCUUAUCUGCGGAAGGGAAUGGCAGGAAGACCAACACGAACGUUAGUGGAAUUUAUAGUCUCCCUGAGCCAAGAAAAUCAGAAAUCAUAAAAUAUAUAUUCAAUGAUUAGUCCACAUGUUUCUUUAGUUUUCAAACUAUGGUAAACAUACCAGUCACGUUAUUUGUGUCUAUGACUUAGUUUAAUUUUUCUUUCUACUCCCCACCUUAAAUUUGAUGAGAUGGAAUUUGAUAGUAAUUUUUUUAAAGCAAAUUUUGUUAAUGAAGUGUUUUAUAAUCAUGAAUGAUUAUUGCAGGGGUGGCUUCUAAAUAUAUUACAGGUGAUUUUAAUCCUUAAACUAUCUGCUGUCAUUGAAUGGGCUCCUGUACACAUGCUGCUACAGGGGAAAGUUCUUUGCAGCAGCACCAAAGUUGCAAUGUUCCAUCUCUCUUGUUCAGUCAGAAACUGUGAUAACCUAUCAGUUUUUGAAAAAUACUGAAUUUAGUUUAGAAAUAAGUCUGCCCAGUUGAAAGGAAAAGCCAAUACAUGCCUGUGCCUUUAUUAUUUCUAACCAUAUGAAAUUUUGUAAUAUUCAAAACAAAGUUGAGACCAUAUAAAUCAAAUAAAUAAUAUCAAAUAAACUGCAGAUAAUGAGUACUCCUUAUUGA